CGGUUCGGGGGCAGUUCACGAGUCCAGGCAGCUGAUUACCCAAACAAAGUCAUGGCGGAGACGGGAGCGGGAGCGGGGGGACCUGGCAAACCGCUGCCGACAGCGGCGGAGAAACAGCUCCUCCGCCGCCGCCGACAGGAGCUCGACUACUGGAAGAACAACGCAGCGCGGCUCGGCCGCCGGAACCUGCUGACGGGCCUGACCAUCGGAGCGUUCGUGGUGGGCAUGUUCAGCUACACCAUCCUGUCUGUCAAACAGGAGAGAAUCAUGGAGGAGCUGGAUGAUGAAGCCAAGAUCCACAUCGUCAGAGGGCCACGGACCGGAGCCAACUCCUGAUGACACUGACCAUGAACGGUCCUGGCCUGCCUCCUCUCUGAGGCAGGCUGAGCGGGCAGGGCUUAUGUUUGAUUCCCAUAGACUGUAUGGUGCCUGAAGCGCUGGCUUGUGAUGUGUCACAAUUUCUGUUUCAAAAAUGUAUGAACAUCUGUUAUUGACAUUGUACAUUUUGUUUGUUUGUUUCCAUUUGAUUCAAAUGAAAUGUAAGCUUAACCCGGAAAGUCAGUGGAACAUUGCACCGCAGGUCUGCAGGACGUGUAAGAAUGUGAAAUUUCUUUUCAGGCAAGCAAUUCUGUGUAUAGAGAUAAUAAAGUUUCCAAUGAUGGUGCAUAAUGCAAAUUGAGCUUUUUUGAAAUAUGUAACUACUUAUUAUAUAUAUUAACAUUAUAACAUGAUCAUUUUA